AUGUCAGAAGCCUGCUGUACUUGCGCUGCGUUGCUUUCUUCGAUACCACUCACCUACGACGAGAAGACCGAGAAACCUGCACAGUACGAGCGCCGCCUCGAAUGCUGCCGCCGAGCGAUAUGCGCUCGAUGUAUAACGGAUAACCCUCGAUUCGCAACGUAUUGUCCUUUCUGCCAAGUGUCCGUAGUACCUUCACCACUUCCGCAAAACCUACGAGAUCCUCCAGCAUAUUCGCCACCGGCAGGAGAGUCGUUGGAAGACGAGCCCCCGCCAUAUUCCACGCACGAUACAUUACAACCACCGGCAGAGAAGUCAAAGGCUGCGCUGGCAGAAAGCGCGGCUGAUGCGCUACACUUCGUAGAUUCGAACAACGACACGAUCUCUUCCCUGUCGUUACGAUAUGGUGUGCCUGCGGAUGCACUGCGACGUACAAAUGGGUUGUUCGCCGACCAUCUUCUAGCGGCACGGAGAACGAUUCUGGUACCUGGCGAGUACUACAAAGGUGGCGUGAGUUUGAGUCCUAGGCCUCUUGAAGGAGAAGAAGAGGAGAUAAGGAAGGGUAAGGUGAGAAAGUUCAUGGUGGGAUGCAAGGUCGCCGACAUUGCUCCCUGUUAUAGAUAUGAUGUCGCCUUACUAUAUUUGCAACAAGCACAAUACAACCUUGAGGAAGCGAUAACGGCCUUCAAGGCCGACGAGCGGUGGGAAAGAGAGCAUCCGUUGGAGGCUGCGAGGAAAGGGAAAGCUAAGGCUUCCCAAGGUUCCGGUAGACGGAAGUGGAGCUCCGGCGGCAGCGGAGGAGGGCUCACUGGCCAGAUAUCCUGA